GCAUUGCAUUUGGAACUCGUGUUUCGUAUCGUUUAAGUAGCGCGUCGAGGUUGUUAGUCUUGUGGACUGUUCAAUGAAAAACUCUGUUUGUAUGGUUGUUUUAUUCGAAAGUGUGAUGCAGUGUUAUUAUUUUGAUGGUAAAAUACCAUGUUAAGUUGCAAAUUAAUAUGCACAUUAUUGAUAUGCAAGUUUUUUAAACCAGUGUUUAUGCUGUGCGCUUAGCUACAGGUGUUUGUGUUUGAAAACUAUCUAGUCAGUUGUGCGGUGGUAAAUGAGCAUGGGAAAUAAGACGAAAUGUGUUGUUUUUCGGUUUUACGUUGUCUUCUAAACUUGCCGGAAUGUUUGUAUGUGGAAUGAACUGUUUCGUUGAAAAAAUAGCAAUUGAAACAGCAAUGGAAGAGGAGGAGAGGAAAGGUUACAUUGGUGGUUAUGGAAUUAACAAAAAAGUUAUCACGAUCGUCUUUUUUAUAAUGCUGCUUUCAACAUCAGUUUCUGAAAAUCUUCAAGCGCCGAGAUUCACAACUUCAUCGUCAACCAGUAGUAUUGUUAGAUUAGGAACUACAAAAAUCAUCCAGUGUCAAGCUUUUGGAUAUCCUCAACCUCAGUACAGGUGGUUAAAGGAUGGUGAACUGCUCACCGACCUUUCGACGGAAUCUUUCUACCGGAUUUUGUCGGCAAAACACGAAGAUGAGGGCAGCUACAGGUGCAUCGCGUCGAAUAAAGUUGGUUCAAUUGUCAGCGAAGAAAUAAGAGUCAGCAUCGCAUAUAUGGGAGUGUUCAAAAUCCAAACGGAAACAUAUGUGACAGUCGAGGCUGGACAAGCUGCAAUAUUAGAUUUACCUCCAAUCGAAUCUUCUCCCGAACCAGAUGUUACCUGGCAAACUGAUAAGGGACCUGUGCCAUAUGCGCAAAAAUAUGCCAAAUCUAAAACUAAUCAAUUAAUCAUUUUGUCAACUGACCCAUCCGACACCGGGGCUUACAGGGCUCGCGCAAUUAAUACUCAAGAAGGUAAAGAAGAAAACAGUGCUUUCAUUCGAUUAAAAGUAGAAGAAAAAGAUUCGGAUACAUUUGCGGAAGUAGCUCCUGAAAUAAUAAUUAAACCACAAGACGUCGAAAUAGUAAAAGGUGCGGGGCAGACAACCCUCGAUUGCAUAGCUAACGCUCGACCUCUUCACGCCCUCGAAACGUUGUGGUUCAAAGAUGGAAUACUUAUAGAAAAUAGUGGAAUUUCGUACACUUUAAACGACCUAUGGAACAGAAGCUUAACUUUAGUUUCAGCAAAUUUAAGUCAUACAGGCAUUUACGAAUGUCAGGUCAAUUUGCGAAGUGGUGGUUUUCCAACGGUAACGGCUGCUGCCAAUGUUGUUGUCCUAGAAAAGCCAAAAUUCGUUAGUAAUACGCGUACAGAAACGUUAGGAGAUUACGGGUCACAAAUUAGUUUACCCUGUGACGUUGUUGGGAUUCCGCCUCCCAAAGUCAAAUGGUUCAAAAAUGCGAACAACAUCACUAAGGAAUUACAAGACAAAAGAUACAUCAUCGAGGAAGAUAAUUCCCUUCUUAUAAAAAAGUUAAUGAUAGGGGACUCGGGAAUGUUCCAGUGUUUUGCGUAUAAUGAUGCAGGUGAAAGUUCAAUGUCUACGUGGCUGAAAGUGAAAACAGAACAAAUACGGAAACGAAGAAGUUUGAUGUCAACCAAAAGCACGCGAUUAAGAGGCAGUCGACGAAACAAAAAGAAUUUAAUUUCUACCUCCGAACCGGUAAUGGAACAAAGUCCGCAAAACUUAACCGUUUUAGAUGGAAAAGAUGCCACCAUAGUGUGUAGAGUUGUUGGGGCACCCACACCAAAUGUCACAUGGAUUUACAAUAACGACAAUGAAGUAGAACUAAAUAGUCGAAUUCAAAUACUUGAAACUGGAGAUUUACUAAUAGCUGCUGUACGUGAAUCUGAUUUGGGGUGGUACACUUGCGUCAGAGCUAACGAAGCCGGAGUUGUUAGGGGUUCCGCAUAUUUGGCGGUUUUGGUAAGAACGCAAAUUGUCCAGCCGCCUGUUGACACAAGAGUUCUUCUUGGUCACACAGCAACUUUACAGUGCAAAGUAUCUUCAGAUCCUACAGUUCCAUAUCAGCUUGAUUGGUUUCGUGAUAAACAGUUAAUAAAUCCACUUGCCAGUUCCCGAAUAAACGUCUUAGAUGAUGGGACUUUGGAAAUUCAAGCGGUGCGAGCAUCGGAUGUUGGACAGUAUACGUGUUCGGUUAAGUCACCAGGUGGAAACGAGACCAGAACUGCGAGAUUGAGUGUAAUAGAACUUCCAUUUGCUCCAAUCAAUGUGAAAGCUUCAAAACUAGACACUCCAACCCAACGUGCCGUUAAUGUAAGCUGGACACCUGGUUUUGAUGGAAACAGUCCCAUUUUAAAAUAUAUCGUACAAAAAAGAGAAGUUCCAGAAUUAGUAGUUCCUCCAAUUCCAGGUCCCAUACCUGACCCUCUUCUUAACUGGGUUACGGAAUUAAGCAACGUCUCGGCAGAACAACGAUGGGUUUUAUUGACAAAUUUAAAAGCUGCUGCUGCUUAUCAAUUUAGGGUGUCCGCCGUUAACAGCGUUGGAGAGGGAAGUCCUUCUGAUCCUAGUAACCAAGUCAUGCUCCCACAAGAAGCUCCUUCUGGACCGCCUGUGGGUUUUGUGGGUUCUUCUAGGAGUUGUUCAGAAAUUAUCACCCAAUGGCAGCCCCCAUUAGAGGAACAUCGUAAUGGACAAAUAUUGGGUUACAUUAUUAGGUAUCGUCUGUUUGGCUAUAACGAAAGUCCUUGGUAUUACAGAAAUAUUACAAACGAGGCUCAGAGAAAUUAUUUAAUAACUGAUUUGAUUACCUGGAAAGAUUAUGUAGUUCAAAUAGCUGCUUACAAUAAUAAAGGAGUAGGGGUUUAUACUGAAGGUGCUAAAAUAAAGACUAAGGAAGGUGUACCCGAAGCUCCACCAAUUGUUGAAAAAGUACAAGCACUGAAUUCAACAACUGUAGAAGUUGUGUGGAUCCCGCCAGAUCCGCAAAAAAUUAAUGGAAUCAAUCAAGGAUAUAAACUGCAGGCUUGGAAAUACGAUAAUGAAAGGGAAGAAAAUGUAGAAUAUAAGAGAAUGACUGUUCACCCAAAUUUACUUGACCCACUUGCAAAACAAAGUGCUAUUAUGGACGGACUUGAGAAGUUUACUGAUUAUAACAUAACGGUUUUGUGUUUUACUAAUCCUGGAGAUGGUGAAAUAAGUGAAUUCGUUUAUGUAAAAACUAGCGAAGAUGUCCCGGAGGAAAUUUCUAAUCUUCAGUUUGAUGAAAUAAGUGAUCGCAGCGUUAAAGUUCUCUGGUUUCCUCCUAAGCAAAUAAAUGGGAUACUGACGGGAUAUCAGGUCGUUUACGAAAUAAAAGAUAAACCUUCAACCCGUAAAGUUCAAAAUUUAACUGCUGAUACUUUAAGUAUAAAAGUGAACGAUUUGCAAGCUACGACACAUUAUAGAUUCGAAGUAACUGCUUGGACGUCAAAGGGAGCAGGACCUCCUAAAGUUGCUAUCAUUCAAUCAGGGGUUGAACCAGUUCUUCCUCAUCCACCUUCCCAAUUGGCUCUUAGUAACAUUAAAGCGUUUUCAGUCGUUCUGCAGUUUACACCUGGUUUUGAUGGAAACUCAUCCAUUUCAAAGUGGACAGUGCAAGCACAAACUGCGAGAAAUUCAACGUGGUUUGUGGUUUAUGAAGUGUCUGAUCCUGAUGCUACAACAAUUACAGUGAGAAAUUUGGUGCCAUUUACCACUUACAGAUUAAGAUUGGUUGCUAAUAAUGUUGUGGGUGCUUCACAACCGUCUGAACCCAGUAAAGAAUUCCAAACAAUCCAAGCGGCUCCUUCAGAUCCCCCAAAAAAUGUUACAGUCAGGGCAAUGAGUGCUACAGAAUUACGAGUUAGAUGGAUUCCUCUUCAACAAAUAGAAUGGUUUGGAACUCCUCGUGGUUAUAAAAUAUCAUAUGUGGAAGUUGGUACAGGGCAUACUCGAACUGAAACCAUUGAAGAUCCGACCGCUAAUUCCCAUAUAAUUUCCGGAUUAGAAGAAUAUGCUCUCUACGAAAUUUUUAUGGUGGCAUAUAAUGAUGUGGGAAGUUCUACAGAAAGUCCAAGGGCACUAGAAAGAACUAGAGAAGCAGUCCCUUCAUUUGGCCCUAUGAACGUUGAAGCAAAUGCUACUUCUUCAACAACCAUAGUUGUAAAGUGGGGGGAUGUUCCAAAAGAACAUCAAAACGGCCUUAUUGAAGGAUAUAAAGUUUGCUAUGGCUCUGGAACUUUAACUCAAAGAACAAUUCCACAAUGUAAAAUAAUUUCUAGUAAUUCGUCGUUCACAACAACAUUAACAGAAUUAAGAAAAUAUGUGAUUUACCAUAUUCAGGUCUUGGCAUACACUAGAUUAGGCGAUGGAAUUCCCAGUAGUCCACCUGUUAGCGUCCAGACAUUCGAAGAUACUCCUGGUGCCCCUUCUAAUGUUUCAUUUCCUGACGUUUCCUUUUCCUCAGCGAGAAUAAUUUGGGACGUACCAGAAGAACCAAAUGGAGAAAUUUUAGCUUAUAGAGUUGUCUAUCAAUUAAAUGAUACCAGUAUUAAUUCCAAAAGAUAUUCUAAAGAAUUUCCUCCUACUGACAGAACGUUUAGGGCUACACAGCUUUCUCCAGAAAAGUUUUAUUUGUUUUCUGUAACUGCUCAAACUCGUUUGGGAUGGGGAAAUACUGCAAAGGUGCUUGUUUUUACAACAAAUAAUAGAGAGCCACCGCAGCCUCCAUCAAUGCCCCAAAUAAGUAGAAGUCAGAUACAGAGUAGACAAAUUACAUUUAGCUGGACUCCGGGUCGAGAUGGCUUUGCACCUUUAAGGUAUUAUACGGUUCAAAAGAUGGAAAACCAAGGUCCGUGGCAAACAGUUCCUGAACGCGUAGACCCUCAAGUUACUUCUUACACCGUUACAAAUUUAAAACCGUUUACUUCAUAUAAGUUUAGAAUUCAGGCAAGAAAUGAUAUUGGUCCCAGUAGAUUUAGUGCAGAGUCUAUCGAAGUUCGUACCUUCCCAGCAGCACCCACAAAGGGAGUCAGUGGGCUUAAAGUUGUUCCAAUUACCACCACGAGUGUUGAAGUGUACUGGGAACCAAUUGACGAACAAUUCUGGAGCGGUGAUAUAACUGGCGGUUACCGUGUAAUUUUUCAACCAGUGUCUGAUUUCCCAACAGCUUUACAAGCUACACCAAAGGAAGAAAUUUCGGGAAUUAAAGCGAAUCGGUUAGUUCUAAACAAUCUCAUGCAAGAUAGGAAUUAUGAAAUUGUGGUCGUUCCAUUCAACUCUCAGGGAGAAGGUCCAGCUAGUCCACCUGUAACCGUUUAUGUUGGUGAAGCAGUUCCAACGGGAGAACCUCGAGGUUUAGAAGGGGAAGCUGUAUCAUCCACAGAAGUUAGAUUAAGGUGGAAACCACCCCAACAACAUAUGCAGAAUGGAGAAUUACUUGGCUAUAAAAUUUUCUAUUUAGUGCUUAAUUCACCCCAAGAAAUUGAACCGGGAAAGAAAAUUGAAGAAGAAAUAGAAGUCGUUCCGGCCUCCUAUACUUCUCAUAGUUUAGUAUUUUUGGAUAAAUAUACAGAGUACCAAAUUCAGGUAUUGGCUUUCAAUCCAGCUGGUGAUGGUCCCAGGUCACAGUCAAUCACAGUGAAGACCUUACAAGGACUGCCUAGUGCUCCUUUAAAUUUACGCUUUAUCGAUAUCACCAUGAACAGUUUAAAGGUCAUGUGGGAUCCGCCAAAGAAACGAAACGGAGACAUUAUUGGCUACAUCGUUACCUACGAAACUACGGAACAAAAUGAAAGAUUUAGUAAACAGGUGAAACAAAAGGUGACAACAACUUGGUUAAAUGUGCAAUCGUUGGAAGAAGAAGUUACUUAUACAUUCACCGUAAAAGCUCAAACUUUAGAUUAUGGACCUCCUGUUAGCAGUAAUGUUACCACUGGUCCUCAAGAAGGUUCUCCAGCGUCACCACGAGAAUUAACUCUUGUUAGAACUUUAUCCAGUAUUGAGUUACAUUGGUUAAACGGCCCUACAGGAAAGGGCCCCUUAUUGGGAUAUUACAUAGAAUCAAGACGGAACGAUGAUACCCGUUGGCAAACUGUCGCUAAGACAACCAAUGGUCCACUUCAAGACUUCACCAUUUCAUACAGAAGCUUACUUCCUUCUACUUCCUACAAUUUUAGAGUUAUACCUUAUAACAAAUUUGGAAUAAGUUACCCGGCUUAUCCUGAAGAAUCAGUUGUCACUCCCUCAAAAUUAUAUUUAGAGUAUGGUUAUCAUCAGCAAAAGCCAUUUUAUCGCCAAACGUGGUUUAUGGUUGCUUUAGCCGCAUUAUCGGUCAUUAUCGUUAUAAUGGUCAUUGCAGUUUUAUGCGUCAAGAGCAAAAGUUAUAAAUACAAACAAGAAGCUCAAAAAACUUUAGAAGAGUCGCUUGCCAUGGAUCCAGAGGAACGUCACGAAGUUGCUAUGGAACUUUAUAGAGCAAGACAUGGUAAUAACGUUAAUUCAAUGGGAAAUAUCAGUAAAAGAAGCACGUUAUCCAGAAAACCGCCUCAUCAUCCACCUCCUCCGGCUGUAUUAGGUAAAUCACCUCCAAGACCUUCCCCUGCUUCAGUGGCUUAUCAUUCUGAUGAAGAAAGUCUAAAAGGAUAUGAUGAAAAUCCAGAUGACAGUAGUUUAACGGAAAAACCAUCAGAAAUAAGUUCAUCAGAAUCACAAGGAUCUGAAAGUGAAAAUGAAAGUGUUCGAAGUGAUCCUCAUUCUUUCGUGAAUCAUUACGCGAAUGUGAACGACUCGUUGCGACAAUCUUGGAAAAGACAAAAGCCUGUUCGAAAUUAUUCAAGUUAUACAGAUUCUGAGCCUGAAGGUAGUGCUGUGGUGAGUUUAAACGGUGGACAAAUUGUGAUGAACAACAUGGCCAGAUCUCGUGCCCCCCUGCCCGGAUUCUCUUCAUUCGUUUGAGGGCGCAGUAAGUUUUAGGAAUUUAACAAAUUUUUAGGAUAAUUUUGUAUUUUAUCACUUGAGAGAAUUUUUCGCAUUUUGUUUGUCCAAUUCCGACUUAAAGAAAAGUGAAUUGUAUAAGCACAUUUGCUCUUUGCUCAUGGUACUAUAACAAUAAUAACAGUACGUUUCCUGUAUAGAUAAAUGUUUGUGAGCACUUUUGUGUUCUUUAUUUAUUUAAUUGUAUAAAAGCGCUUAUAAGACUGUUACGUUAAUAAUUCUUUAUUAGUAAAUAUCGUUGUGCAAGCUGUACGUCAUCGAUUCUUCUUUGGUAUAAAACGAAUUUAAUUUUUCAUCAUAUGCUAAAUACUUGACAAAUGAAUAGAUUUCCAUUCAAACUUUUUUCAAAUGACUUCUUUUUCUAAAGUUGCAUUUUAUCCAGCAAUAAAUAACCUUUCAUUAGGGUUGUAUUUAUUAAUUUAGGAAAACAUAUUUUUGGUUUAUGUAAUUUUUCUGAAAGUUUUUUAUUGAGCUGUGAUAUUAUGAAUAAAAUGCAACAACUUCGAAAAUAACAAAUUAUCAUUUUGCGGUCCGUGUUAUUGAAGCGUUACCAGACUGUAACAAUUUAAUACCAGUAUAAAGUAUAUUGAUAGUAAAUUAUUAGGAAAUUUCACAGCAAUUUAUUAUUAGAAUCAUUUAAUUAUUAAAAUUUAAAUAACGUUAUUCAAGUAAAGUAUAACAGCAAAUGAUGUUUA